AUGCACCGCCCCAUCGCGCGUGGUUUCGCGCGAGCGUACGCCACGCACUGGCUUCCGCAGAGCGCCCGCACGUGGCUGGACGGCGUCGAGCACGCCGCCUUCGCGCGGGCGCUCACAGACGCCAUGAAGAAGAUUCCUCAACUCAGUGGACGCGAAGAGUCCAUCGCGCAGUCGAUCAGUGCGCGCGCGAGCGAAAUUUUAGAGGCCGAGACGGCGGAUGGGUCGUUCACGCGCGAUGCGGUCGAGACGACGCACGCGAAGACCGCCGCACGAGCGUGCGCGGUGUACGAGUGCACGCGACCGUACCUCGGCAACGACGACGCGACGAUGGAUUUGAUCCGCACGCACGCCGGCGCGGAGCGGACGGCGCAAACCAUGAACGGUGGACUCGUUCGAGGGGCGCUCAUGCUUUCGAGGGACCCGAUCGCGACGAUCGCGUCGAUGGUCGGCAACGUCACGAAUGACUUGGCGCCGGGCGCUUGGAGACGAGAAGACGGCGAGUUCGUGACGAGCACGUGCACGUAUCGCGAAUUUUUCAAAAAGCGCGACAUGGAAUUUUUAACGGCGACGACGUGUUGCUCCCUGGACGUGGACGUGUGGUUUUCGGGCUUGGACGCCAAGUCGGCGACGGUGACGCUCGAGUCCUCUAUGGCGCGCGGCGACCCAGAGUGUCGCAUCUCCGUGCGCGCCGGCGAAAAGUAG